UCCGCCAUUUUCAUCGUCAUCAAUCUUCUUCUACUUCCUAGUAAAUUUAUUCGCUCCCUCGCUCGCUAGAUCCUCUCUCCCUCUCUUCCUUCUCUCUCGCCUUCCAUAACUCUUUAACUGUCAUUUAAAACUGUUUCUUUCAGCCUCCAUCUCUGACACGAUUCACCUCGCAAUUCGCUUGUUUUCUUAAAAAAAAAAUGAAAAAUGAAAAAACUUUUCUUUUGUGUUAUGCUUCUGCCAGGAAAUUUCCAACUGGUUACGCAUUUAUUUACUGCCUCAUAGUUCAUACCCUCUGAGAACCCUUUUUUUCCUUUUCUUUUCUCGUUUAUGGGAAGUUUAUUAAUUAUCUUGAAGAUGCUUGUUUAGUCCAUUCUGAAUUCUUGUUGUCUGUGGGAAAAAGCUUGACAGAACAGAACAGAACAGAGCAGAGCAGAGAAGAACAACCCAGAUUACCGACUUACCUUUUUGAGCUGCGAUCAAAACUUAUUGACUUGGAGAGGAAGAAAGGGCUUGGUCAACGUUUUUCAGAAAGCCUUCCUCUUGAGUUGUUGACUUUGGUUUUGCCGUUGACAUCAGAUUCCAGCUUAGCAGAAGCCGACGCAAAUCUGGUGGAGUUUCCGAUAUGCCCAUUGUGGGUUCGGGGUUAAGAUUUCUUUAGCCUUUUAAAAAUCUACUUUGCUGUAGUUUUAUUGAAGUAGUUGAGUUGGUAAAAACCCAUCUCCAAUUUGCCGUCUUGAAGUUGUUGGUCAAAUCUGAGGGCUUCGAAUUUCUCUCUUCCCCAAAUGAAGGGGGGAAGUUGUGAACAGUGUUAAACUUCUUUGUUUCCUAGAAUCUGCCCUUUAUGUCCUUAGUGGUGGCCUCGCCGUCUGUUCUUACAUCAUCAUUUGAGGGUUUCAGAUUUAAGGUUUCCUUAUUCCCAGAAGGCUCUGAAUCAGAAGUUGUAGUUGGAUUGAAAUGGCUGGCGGUAGAAGAAGGAGGAGGCAGCAGUUCAAAAGAAUCCAUGCCUUUCCUUGUGGUAGAGCUUCAUUCAAAGAUGAGCACUCUUUAAUUGGAGGCCCAGGCUUCUCAAGGGUAGUUUACUGUAAUGAUCCAGAUAGCUUUGAGGCCAACCUUCUCAAUUAUGGAGGCAAUUAUGUCAAAACUUCAAAAUAUACCAUUGCUUCAUUCUUCCCCAAAUCAUUGUUUGAGCAAUUCAGAAGAGUUGCCAAUUUGUACUUCCUCCUUUGUGCUUUGCUUUCCUUCAGCCCUCUGUCGCCGUACUCGCCCGUCAGUAAUGUUCUUCCUCUUGUUGUGGUUAUUGGAGUCACCAUGGCCAAAGAGGCUCUUGAAGAUUGGCGGAGAACCAAACAGGAUAUGGAGAUGAAUAACAGGAAGGUGAAAGUACAUCUUCGAGAUGGUGAAUUUGUUGAGAGUAAAUGGAUGGAUUUGAAGGUUGGGGACGUAGUUAAAGUGGAGAAGGAUGAAUUCUUCCCUGCUGAUCUCAUUUUACUUUCAUCAAGUUAUGAGGAAGCAAUUUGCUAUGUUGAGACGAUGAAUCUCGAUGGGGAAACGAAUUUGAAACUGAAAAACGCGUUAGAAGCAAGCUCAAACUUCCAUGAAGAUUCGAGCUUCAGUAAUUUCAAGGCCAUAAUAAAAUGUGAAGACCCCAAUGCAAAUUUGUAUUCCUUUGUUGGCAGUAUGGAGCUUGAAGAGCAGCAACACCCCCUCAGCCCUCAACAGCUUCUACUUCGGGACUCGAAGCUGCGAAACACAGAUUUUAUAUACGGGGUGGUGAUCUUCACAGGCCAUGAUACAAAGGUCAUUCAGAACUCAACAGAUCCGCCUUCCAAGAGAAGCAAAAUUGAGAAGAGGAUGGAUAAGAUUGUGUUCUUCCUGUUUGCUCUCUUGGUUUUGAUAUCAAUUGCUGGGUCGAUUUUCUUUGGAGUUAUGACUAGCGACGAUAUAGAGAAUGGAAGAAUUAAGAGAUGGUACCUUAGGCCAGACAAUACUACAAUCUAUUACAACCCCAGAAAAGCUCCAGCUGCAGCGGUUUUGCAAUUUUUGACUGCUCUUAUGCUUUUUAGCUACUUGAUUCCCAUAUCAUUGUAUGUGUCCAUAGAAAUUGUCAAAGUUCUGCAGAGUGCUUUUAUCAACCAAGAUCUACAUAUGUACCACGAGGAAACUGAUAAGCCAGCUCAUGCCCGUACCUCGAAUUUGAAUGAAGAGCUUGGCCAAGUUGACACCAUACUUUCAGAUAAAACAGGAACAUUGACCUGCAAUUCGAUGGAGUUUAUCAAGUGUUCAGUGGCCGGGACUGCUUAUGGGCGAGGAAUUACGGAAGUAGAGAGAGCUCUUGCAAGGAGAAAGCAGUCAACUUUACCUGAAAAUUUAGAGGCCAACGAUGCGCGUCUUAGCAACGGAAAACCAGCCGUUAAGGGGUUCAAUUUUAAGGAUGAAAGAAUAAUGGAUGGUAAUUGGGUGAAGGAGCCUCACGCCAGUGUAAUCCAGAAGUUCUUGCAGCUACUGGCCAUCUGCCAUACUGCAUUGCCAGAAGUUGAUGAGGACACUGGAAGAAUUUCAUAUGAAGCUGAAUCACCAGAUGAAGCAGCUUUUGUGAUUGCAGCCAGAGAAUUUGGUUUUGAAUUCUACGAAAGGACUCAGACAAGCAUUUCAUUGCGGGAGUUCGACCCGAUCUCUGCCAAACAAGUUGAAAGAUCAUAUCAACUACUGGAUAUUUUGGAAUUUAAUAGCACAAGAAAGCGGAUGUCCGUGAUCAUAAGAAAUAUGGAGGGACAGCUACAACUACUUUGUAAGGGUGCUGACAGUGUUAUGUUUGAAAGACUUGCAAAGAAUGGAAGUGAGUUUGAAGAAAAGACAAAGGUGCAUGUUAAUGAGUACGCCGAUGCUGGUUUGAGAACUUUGGUGCUAGCAUAUCGAGAUCUCGAGGAGGAAGAAUUUAAUAAAUUUCAUCAGGAAUUCAUCAAAGCCAAAAACACAGUGAGCACAGAUCGUGAUGACAUAAUUGAUCGGUUGACAGAAAGCAUAGAGAAGGAUUUGAUUCUUCUUGGUGCUACAGCAGUUGAAGAUAAACUUCAAAAUGGGGUCCCUGAAUGCAUUGACAAACUUGCUCAGGCUGGAAUUAAAAUAUGGGUUCUGACUGGAGAUAAAAUGGAAACAGCCAUCAACAUUGGCUUUGCUUGCAGUUUACUUAGACAAGGAAUGAAGCAAAUAAUCAUCAGCUCAGAGACUCCAGAAGGAAAAGCUUUAGACAAAGUCGACGAUAUCAACAAAUCUGCAGCUAUCAAGGCAUUUAAGACAAGUGUGACUCAGCAAGUAACCGAUGCAAAAGCAUUACUUACGCCUUCGAGCGAAACCCGGGAAGCAUUGGCUUUGAUAAUUGAUGGAAAGUCCCUCGCCUAUGCUCUAGAGGAUGAUGUGAAGGACCUAUUUCUGGAGCUUGCCAUUGGUUGUGCUUCAGUUAUAUGCUGCAGAUCAUCUCCCAAACAGAAAGCAUUGGUUACCCAACUGGUUAAGGUUAAAACAGGCAGCACCACUCUAGCAGUUGGUGAUGGUGCAAAUGAUGUCGGAAUGCUCCAAGAAGCAGAUAUCGGGAUUGGUAUUAGCGGCGUUGAAGGGAUGCAGGCAGUAAUGUCAAGUGACAUUGCUAUAGCGCAGUUUCGAUAUUUGGAGCGGCUGCUUCUUGUCCAUGGGCAUUGGUGUUACAGGAGAAUCUCUUCCAUGAUAUGCUAUUUCUUCUACAAGAACAUUGUUUUCGGGUUCACUCUAUUCUUCUUUGGGAUGUACGCAUCAUUCUCCGGACAAUCUGUGUACAAUGACUGGUUCCUUUCGCUGUAUAAUGUCUUCUUUACUUCUCUCCCGGUGAUCGCAUUGGGAGUAUUCGAUCAGGACGUUUCAUCCCGGUUCUGUCUCAAGUUCCCACUUUUAUACCAAGAAGGUGUACAAAAUGUCUUGUUUAGCUGGUUUCGAGUUAUCGGCUGGGUGUUCAACGGGCUACUAAGUGCUGUCAUCAUCUUCUUCUUUUGUGUUGUGGCGAUGGAGCAUCAAGCGUUCCGUAACAGUGGAGAGGUCGUCGGGCUGGAAAUUCUUGGUGCCACCAUGUACACAUGUGUUGUUUGGGUUGUAAACUGUCAAAUGGCGUUAUCCAUCAGUUACUUCACAUAUAUUCAGCAUCUCUUCAUCUGGGGCAGCAUCAUUAUCUGGUACUUAUUCCUCAUGGCAUAUGGAGCUAUAGACCCAACCAUAUCAACCACUGCAUAUCAGGUCUUCAUCGAGGCCUGCGCCCCGGCCCCAUCAUUUUGGAUCCUCACACUGUUAGCUCUAGUAGCGUCCCUGCUCCCGUACUUCAUCUAUGCUUCGAUCCAAAUGCGGUUCUUUCCAAUGUAUCAUCAAAUGAUUCAGUGGAUAAAAUCUGAUGGCCAGUCGAACGAUCCAGAAUACUGUCAAGUAGUGAGACAGAGAUCGCUACGACACACGACCGUCGGUUACACAGCUCGGUUUGAAGCAUCGAAGCAUUUUGAAGAAAUCCUAGAAAGCAGCAUCCAUUAGUUUUUGCUGAUGAAAUUCUUUUUCCAUAGGAAGAUUUGAAAUUUGUUUCAAUAGGAGGUUUCUUCUCUGUGUGUAUAUAAAUAUAUAUAUUUGUACCACAAAUGUAUAUAAGAUUCUUCAGUUUUGCUGCUGCUUGUCAAAAAUGUCAAAAGUCAAACAAGGAGAAAGCACCAGUUUGAUGCUCUGGCAGCUGAAAUGACCAUAUCAACUCAUAUGGUCAAAAAUUUUCUUCCUCUCAUGAAUUCAUAGGAAAUACAUAAAUUGUUGUAUUCAUUUCAAAUAAUUAUUAAGUUCCCCACUUCACUUUCUGUAAAA